CACUCCUCUCUCCUCUCCUCUCGUCUCCACCCACCACCAACCCACCCACCCCCACGAGCAUCACAUCUUCGUCGCGAGCGAGCUAGCUAGCUACCCAGCUGCUGGGUGGGGGUCAGUCAGAUCCAAAUCGCCACCUCUUGGGACGAAGAUCAUCACCAUCAGAGCUGCUCAAUUCGGCAAUGCCAGGGAGCGUGCCGCUGCCUCUGGGGCUGGACACGGUGGGUCUGCAGGUACCGUGGUACUUCCGGUGCCCGAUCUCGCUGGAGCUGAUGCAGGACCCCGUGACGGUCGCCACCGGCCAGACGUACGACCGCGCCAGCAUCGAGUCGUGGGUGGCGACGGGGAACACCAGCUGCCCCGUCACCCGCUCCCCGCUCGCCGACUUCACGCUCAUCCCCAACCACACCCUCCGCCGCCUCAUCCAGGAGUGGUGCGUCGCGCACCGCUCCCUGGGCGUCGAGCGCAUCCCCACGCCCAAGCAGCCCGCCGACCCGGACCUCAUCCGCUCCCUCGUCGUCCAGGGACCCGCCCUCACCGCGCUCCGGAAGCUCCGCGCGCUCGCCAGGGAGUCCGACAAGAACCGGCUCGUCAUGGCCACGCGCGAGACCCGGGCGGCGCUCGUUGAAAUGGCGUUCGGGGCCGGCGGGGGUGGAGAGGAGGCUCAGGCGGAGGCCAUGGCGGUGCUCGCCCUGAUCGGCAUGGGGGAGGCGGAGGCUGCGGAGGUGGUGGGAAGGGAGGAGCGGGUGGCCAGGCUUGGCAAGGUUCUUGGCAGCCAGGGGACGACGCCCCUGGAGGCCAGGGUUAACGCGGGCGCCGUGGUCGAGGCGGCCGCCGCGGUGUCCGGGGCGGAUGCCAGGGUGGUGCUCGGUGCGGCGGAAGGGGUCGUGGAGGGCCUGGUGGCGCUGGUGGAGGACAAGGCCAACAACGCCCGCGCCGUGCGCGUCGGGAUCCGGGGCCUCUUCGCGCUGUGCCUGGCCAAGGAGAACCGUCCGCGCGCCGUGUCGGCCGGAGCGGCGUCCGCGCUGGCGCGGCGUGUGGCGGAGGGCGGGUGCGCCGGGGAGCCGGAGCGCGCGCUGGCGGCGGUGGAGCGGCUGUGCCGGACGGAGGGCGGGCGCGACGCGGUGGUUUGCGGCGCCGGGGGCGGCGAGGCCGCGGUGGUGGCGCUGGUGCGCGCAAUGUCCGGCCGCGCGGCGGAGCACGCGGCGGGCGCGCUGGUGGCCGUGGUGGGCGGGUCGGAGGCGCUGCAGGUGGAGGCGGUGCGGGCGGGCGCCAUGAGCCAGCUGCUGAUGAUGGUGCAGGGAGGCUGCUCGGAGCGCGCCAAGCGCAAGGCGCAGCACCUGCUGAAGCUGCUCCGGUCCGCCUGGCCGACCACCGACUCCAUGGCCAACUCGGACGACUUCCUCCAACCGUACUAAGAUCGACGCGAGGGUGGACGGCGGCAGUAGGAAGGAUCGACGCGACGGAGAGAUUAAUGUCAUCUCUCCAUCAAAAUUCCAGUUUUGUAUGUACUCCAUUGUUGGCGCUAGGGAGGUUCUUGAUUCGAUGAAUGAAUAGGCAAGAAAAAAAAACUAAAAUGUCG